AUGUCGGGCACAGAUGAGCCAGUGUCGGCUGCAAUUGCGGUCGCGGUGACGAAAGAGGCACCGGGAGCACCAGAGGCCCAAGACGACAUCAACCCGCCAGACUUCGACGGCGCAGUGCGCACCAAAAACACGUUGCCGUCGCGGGACACGUUGCAUCGCAUCGCCGACCUGCCGGUGCUAGACCGCGAAGGGAAGCCACAUCCGUUCAAGAGUCUGUACGCGGAGCGAGGUCGGGUGCUGAUCGUGUUUGUGCGGCACUUUUUCUGCGGGAACUGCCAAGAAUACCUGCGUGUGCUUUCGGCAAGCAUCACGGCGGACGCGCUGGCCAGGGCGGCGGGCGGUGCCGCUCGCAUCGUCGUCGUCGGGUGCGGCGAACCGCCGCUGAUCGACAUGUACGCCGAGGCGGCGGCGUGUGCGUUUCCGAUCUACGCAGACCCGACACGGCAGCUGUACGACGAGCUGGACAUGGUCUCGACGCUGGCGCUGGGCGAGAAGCCGGCGUACAUGGGCAGAACGUCGAUGUGGGCGUCGAUUGUGCGGUCGAUCAGCCAGGGCCUGCGGCAGAUCCCGCAGGGACUCGUGCUCAAGGCCGGUAACCAGCGGCAGGUCGGCGGCGAGUUCUUGUUCGAGUCGGCGGCGGACGUUGAGGUCACUUGGUGCCACCGGAUGAAGACGACGCGGGACCACGCCGAGGUGGCGGAGCUGAAAAAGGUGUUGGGAUUGACAUAG